CGCAUCUGCGCUCCUAUUGGUCUGACCAUCAGUGGCCUGAAACAGACUGCGAGGGUCCUCAUAAAUAGGCCAUCAGUCCAGCUGGACCAGCAAACAAGAAGCUCACUGCAGACCACACACACACACACACACGCACACACGCAUAAGAGACUUUGCUUGCGCAUUUUCUUAAAGCUGCGUCCCUUGUUGUGGACUCAUCAUGAUCCUCUCCAUGGAUGAAGCGCCUCAGCACGCAGCCACCUCCUCUGAAGAAGAAAUAGACAUUGUCGGGGGUGAUGGAGGAGAGUUUUUCCUGCCUUGUCGGGACACAGAUGACUCCCCGGCGGAGUCCAGCGCGGAGGCGGACACUUCAGGAGCUGACUCUUCCGGGGAAAGCGAGGUCACGACCCCGAGCCGCCCGGCGAGCGGCUCUGUUAAACCUCCAUACUCCUACAUCGCCCUCAUCACCAUGGCCAUCCUGCAGAGCCCCAUGAAGAAACUCACUCUCAGCGGCAUCUGCGACUUCAUCAGCAACAAGUUCCCCUACUACAAGGCAAAGUUUCCGGCGUGGCAGAACUCCAUCCGGCACAACCUGUCGCUCAAUGACUGCUUCGUCAAGAUCCCCAGGGAGCCUGGGAACCCGGGCAAGGGCAACUACUGGUCUCUGGACCCUGCCUCGGAGGACAUGUUUGACAACGGCAGCUUCCUGAGGAGGAGAAAGAGGUUCAAGAGGAGUCGUCCUGAAUACUGUAAAGAAGGACUUGUGCUUUAUCCCGGCGUUAGUGCUCGAUCCUACGGGAGGCCUUACUGCGUGUCAGGACGUCCUCUAACGCAGCCUCUCGGAUACACACCGUGUCCGUAUUUCCCGUGUCAGAGUGUGGCUGAUGUUAAGGGCCUCCAAGCUGGAGAGUUUGGGCCUCAGGCGCGCCUCACUUUCCCCGAGCAGGGGCCCGAGCGCCAGACGCAGAAGUGCUCGUUUACUAUCGACAGCAUCAUGGCAAAAUCAGACAGUCCCACACGCAAAACCCCUGUCCUCCAACUUCCAGUCGAUUAUGGACAUGUCUUCUCGCGGUCAGCCUCGUGUGUGCUUCCCGGCUUUCUGCCAGUGACACGGACUCCUUUUGCUUUGGCCACAGUGCCCUUUACAGAAAACUUACCAAUGCUCUAUCCUAACUGCUGAACAUGCUAUAGACUGUCACAACUGAACCAGUUUAUAGCAAUCAUGUUAUUGUUAAAGCACACAAGUGUCUUUUAUUUGCACAUACAGUGAAUCCCAGCUGCCUUAUGCGUUCCAACAAGCCGUUUUUACACAGCUUUAAUGUAAAUAUAUAAUGUUAAUAUAUGUGUGUAUUUUUGUGUGUAGCGCGGAAAUACGGAAAACUGUGUCGUUUUGUGUUUAAUCAAAAAAUAAAAUGUGAUUAUUAUA